GUAUGACGACAGGAGUUUUCCUGCCACAGCAGAGAACAGUCGAUAUGACAGAUCCUCAGGCCUUGAUAGACGUGUGCUAUGUGUAUGCAUGUGCUGGCCUCGCUGCCUCAGGCUCAUUAGUUCUAGAUUUCCCCUCAUGGCCUCUUCCUCUGUCAGCUUCAAUCUCCAUUCACUUGUCAUAGCUCCUUCACACCAGAAGACCUUCAUUCCAGGUUCAAUCUUUGGGAUCAAUUCACUCCAACUCGGCCGCCCACAAUGUAGUGUACUUGGUCCCUGCGUAGGAAUUCCCAACGAACUUCAUCAACAUGGCACGCCAGAGCGUCUCUACUGUUUAUUCCCUGACCGUGCAGAUUCAUGUAAACAUCGCAGUUCACUUCGCAGAAGAUCACGUUUAGCUCCAUAUAUUGUGGUGGCUCUACGCUGUUCAGUUCUCGUCUCUUUCUCAGAUUUGUGACAGCAGAUCAUCCCACACAAUGGGGCUGUUCAAAAGCGUUCGCAACGGCUGGAAUGACUUCACGCCCAAAGAACGGCGCGAAGCUGCCUGCUACAUUCUAGGCAUCAUACUUUACAAGUUUGGCCUGGAGGCGUUCAAUGGAUCGAUUAUCACGCUCGCCACCAACCGCUACGAUUAUGAUGCCCUUCGCGCUAACAUGCCUCCCAAGACCUUCCAACGCGUCGGGCUCAUGGUCGGCCUUAAUCAAGCCUGCCAGUGUGUUGGAUCGAUACUCAUGGCUCCCCUGAUUCGUCGCUAUCCAGCUCGGUUGAUUCUAAUGGCAGCUAUGUUGGCCUUUGGCAUCUUCAGCGCCAUCCUUCUGAUCAUAGAUGCUUGUACUGGUGGCACCUUUGUCCCGGCUGCCUUCCGUCCUCACCACCCACAGAAUGACUUUCACUACUAUGGUCGUUACAACACGGACAGUAUCAUACCGAUUUAUUGCGUGAGUGGUUUCAGUUAUGGAAUGGUCGAGCUCAUCCGCCGCAUCAUUCCCAGGGACAUUGUUGGCGGAAACCUAAAGAGAUUACGACGCCUGGACGCUCUGGUUCACAUUUUCUACGAGGUAUCAGGUACCGCUGGCGCAUUCUGCACUGCACUGGCUCUGAUUCCUCAUCUGGGGAAUAAUUAUUCUUUCCUCGUGACACCCAUCUGCUUUACACUCGCAGCUAUUGCCUGGUCCUUCCUUGGAGAUGAUGUGUUCAAAGCUCACAAAGCGGCAGAACCCUCUGACCAGACAACAUAUAUCCGAGCAGCGCUGAGAGGAAUCAAGCUUUUUCUAGAGUCGAUCUGGGUAGGUGCGCGGAUCAUCUUCACCACACGCAAAUUCAUCUGGUUGCUGCCCGGGUAUUCGAUUGCUUUGUAUGCUCAUCGCUAUCUCGAGAGUGCAGUUAUGCCAGCACUUGCGCGUCGCUAUCUAGGCAACGCCGCAUGGUCGCAGAUUAUGGUGGGAGGGUCCAAUCUGGGAGAACUGUUUGGCGCAUUGUUUGUCAUCUUUCUCAAUAACCGCGUGCGCACUCCCAUGCCUUGGCUACGAGUUGAUGCGCUCAUGCUUCUCAUCACAUGGUAUCUGCCAUUCUGGAAACCCCCAGUGCAUCGGGUCCGAGAUGCAUUGUUCGCUGCCCUCAGCUUUGUCCCUGUUUCUUUUGGCUGGGCGGCUGGCGAUGUCUCGCUGGCGGCGUAUAUCCAGGCGACGCUGACACGAAUGGAGUCAAUGUCGAAAAAUGUUUCUGCGCUCGGGGCUGUCAUGGCGUUCUUGUAUUCCACUUAUAUCGUGCUGUACGCUAUUACCUCUCCGCUGCUGGGAAGUUACAUUGACCGGGUGUAUGUGGAAACCGGAGGUCCAGUUGGAGGGGGUGAUAUCCAUCUGGCUAUUCGGAAUGUGGCCAGUGUGCAGUUCAGUGUGAUAUCCUUGCUGGUACUUGUUUCCUCGUUUGUGCCUCGGGGGUCGCUGGCGCUGAAUCCGGUGGCGCUGGAUGACGAAGACCUGGAGGAGGAGGAUUGGGGGAACGAUGUGCUGUCCUCGAAAGCGAGUGUUGUGAGCUUGCCUCUAUGAGUGUGGAUCUUAAACAGGUCGGCAGUACCAGUCUGUUAUUGGUAUUUAGCACAAAAAGUACCAGUUAAUCGUAGUACAAAGGUUCUAAUAGCUC